CACAGUACUCGCCUCUUAUCACUAAGGCGAAAAAACCAGUUCAUCUUCUUCCCCCCUAUAUGCCAUAGGAAUUAGUACUAAUUAGCUUCAACCAUGUUCUCUCUGACGGAUUCAAUUCCAAUUUCUUCACCUUUGAGCGACAUUCGGCUUAACUUUCUUUCUCAAAGCGGCAGCAGAAACCUUCGCCAAGUUACACUUGUUUGCCGCCGGCCUCGAGUUUCCUUCCCGCAGAGGAACAUAUGUAGGUGCUCAACCACCGAGCAGCCGCCGCCACAACGGCGCAAACAACGCCCGGCAAAGCAGUCCGACGAGGAGAAAGGCAUCGACCCUGUUGGGUUCCUCACCAAAUACGGCAUUACCCAUAAAGCUUUCGCUCAGUUUCUCCGUGAAAGAUAUAAAUCAUUGAAGGACUUGAAGGAUGAAAUAUUGACUCGUCACUUCAGUCUCAAGGAGAUGUCUACUGGAUAUGAAUUACUGGGUAUGCAUCGCAAUGUGCAGCAUCGAGUGGAUUUCUUGGAAUGGGCUCCAGGUGCUCGCUACUGUGCUCUAGUUGGUGACUUUAAUGGGUGGUCAACAACUGAUAAUUGUGCCAGAGAGGGUCAUUUUGGUCAUGACGAUUGUGGGUAUUGGUUUAUUAUUCUUGAAGAUAAAUUGCGUCAAGGAGAAGAACCUGAUAAAUUGUAUUUUCAACAGUACAAUUAUGUGGAUGACUAUGAUAAAGGUGACAAUGGCAGUACCAUCGAAGAAAUCUUUAAAAAAGCAAAUGAUGAGUAUUGGGAACCCGGAGAAGAUCGCUUCAUUAAGUCACGUUAUGAGGUGGCGGCAAAGUUGUACGAGGAAAUGUUUGGCCCAAAUGGACCCCAAACGGAAGAGGAACUAGAAGAAAUGCCUGAUGCAGUGACACGAUACAAAUCCUGGAAAGAGCAACACAAAAAUGACCCAGCAAGCAAUUUGCCUUCAUAUGAUGUGAUAGAUAACGGAAAAGAAUAUGAUAUUUUCAAUAUUAUAGGUGAUCCCGAAUCGUUUCAGAAAUUUCGUAUGAAGCAGCCUCCUAUUGCUUACUGGUUGGAAACUAAAAAGGGAAGGAAAGCUUGGUUACAGAAAUAUAUGCCUGGUUUACCUCAUGGAAGCAAAUACAGGGUGUAUUUUAACACACCAAAUGGUCCUCUUGAACGAGUUCCUGCAUGGGCUACUUAUGUCAUUCCAGAUGCCGACGGGAAGCAAGCAUUGGCAGUUCAUUGGGAACCACCUCCGGAACAUGCUUACAAGUGGAAACACAAGCAUCCUCUCAAGCCUAAGUCAUUGCGCAUAUAUGAAUGUCACGUCGGUAUCUGCAGCCAGGAACCAAAAGUUUCUUCUUUCAGUGAUUUUAUUAGCAAGGUUCUUCCACAUGCAAAAGAAGCUGGAUACAAUGCAAUACAAUUAAUUGGAGUUGUUGAGCACAAGGAUUAUUUCACUGUUGGAUAUAGAGUGACAAACUUUUAUGCUGUUAGUAGCCGUUUUGGCACACCGGAUGACUUCAAGCGCCUGGUUGAUGAAGCACAUGGGCUUGGACUGCUUGUCUUUUUGGAGAUUGUGCACUCUUAUGCAGCAGCAGACGAAAUGGUUGGAUUAUCUCUUUUUGAUGGAACAAAUGACUGCUAUUUCCAUACUGGUAAACGUGGAAAUCACAAAUUCUGGGGCACACGGAUGUUCAAAUAUGGAGAUCUUGAUGUUCUACACUUUCUUCUUUCAAAUCUGAACUGGUGGGUGGAGGAGUAUCAUGUUGAUGGAUUCCAUUUUCAUUCACUCUCAUCCAUGCUGUAUACACACAAUGGAUUUGCUUCAUUUACUGGUGACAUGGAUGAGUACUGUAACCAGUAUGUUGACAAGGAGGCCUUAUUGUACCUCAUAUUAGCAAAUGAAGUAUUGCAUGCUCUUCACCCAAAUGUGAUCACGAUUGCCGAGGAUGCAACACUGUAUCCGGGACUUUGUGACCCAACUUCUCAAGGUGGACUGGGCUUUGAUUAUUUUGUGAAUCUUUCUGCCUCGGAGAUGUGGCUUGCAUUACUUGAAAAUACUCCUGAUCAUGAAUGGUCCAUGAGUAAGAUUGUUAGCACAUUAGUGGGCGGCCGACAAAAUGUUGAUAAGAUGCUUUUGUAUGCUGAAAAUCACAACCAGUCCAUUUCUGGAGGUCGCUCAUUUGCAGAAAUACUGAUUGGUAACUCCUCGAAGAAAUCUCCUAUAUCACAAGAGUCAUUCCUUAGAGGCUGCUCGUUGCACAAGAUGAUCAGAUUAAUUACAUCUACAAUUGGUGGUCAUGCAUACCUCAACUUCAUGGGCAAUGAAUUUGGUCACCCAAAGAGGGUUGAGUUUCCCAUGCCAAACAACAAUUUCUCAUUUUCACUAGCUAACCGUCAGUGGGAUCUGUUGGAAAAUGACGUAAAUAAUCAAUUGUUCUCAUUUGAUAAGGAUAUGAUGGACUUGGAUGAAAAUGGGAGAAUUUUGUUGCGAGGUCUUGCCAACAUUCACCAUGUCAAUGAUACUACCAUGGUGAUUUCUUACUUGAGAGGCCCCAAUCUCUUUGUGUUCAACUUUCAUCCUGUCAAUGCAUAUGAAAGAUACACUAUAGGUGUGGAAGAAGCUGGAGAGUAUCAAGUCACAUUAAAUACAGAUGAAAAGAAGUAUGGUGGUAGAGGACUGAUUGGACAUGAUCAUAUUGUUCAAAGAACCAUUAGUAGAAGAGCUGAUGGAAUGAGAUUUUGCUUGGAAGUGCCUCUACCAAGUAGAAGUGCUCAGGUCUACAAGUUGACUCGAAUUCUUAGAGUAUGAUUGCUCUAGUUGUCAAAGUGGCUUCGUACUAUGAGGUGAACGAAAGGAUGAGCUUUGCCCAUUAUACUUAUCAGUCAGCGCCUCUUCCAAGAUGUGAUUCUUGAGAACAAGCUGUUGGCAAGUCAGUUAUCAUGAACUUUUUGCCUUCGACAUCUGGACGUGCAAAUGGGGCGUGGAAGAAAAUUUUGGCUCUGCCAUAGGGGCCAAAAGCAUCUAGUGACAAUCGCAAACCAGAUUAAGAUUUCAUAGGUCUUGAGCGAAACCAUUAGUCAGUUUAGGGUUAUGAGGGCCACAAAGUCAAGUUUUGAAUGAGAAAGGUGAUCAUCACUGUAUGAGGAAGUAGCCAAUAAGAUCUUUUGGAGUUAACAGUGUAUAUAAGAGCAUUCAAAUCGAUGAGAAACUUCAAUUUGACAUCGGAUAUUUAGUCAUCCCUUUAAACAUUGUGUCUGCCAAGUAAUUGAUUCAAGAUCUCUGGAAGGUGUUUGUAAAUCAUGUUUUUCUUGUUAAUGUAUAUUUACAGAAGUGUAUGUGAUAGAGGAUGAAGGGCCAGAAAGGAACUGGUACUGUUCUGUCCCAUCGAUUUGCUAUGUAUAUGUCUAAAUUGGCAUCUUUUGAUC